AUGGAGACUGUAGAGGAGCCGCAGCAGCAGCAGUUGCUGCUGCAGCAGCAGCAACAGCAGCAGCAGCAAGUAACGCAAACUGCCGCUGCCGACGUUGCGGAAGAUUUGGACGCAACAGCUACAGCAGCUGCAGAAGCAGCAGCAACAACAGCAGCAGCAACAACAACAACAGCAGCAGCAGCUGCAACAGCAACUGCAGCAGCAACAACAGCAGCACCGAGUCCAACUGCAGCAGAAGAGGAAGCAAAGACCACUCACCAACAAGCUGCAGCAGCAGACCCCCCUAGCAGCAAGCCAGCAGCAGCAGCAAAAACAGCAGCAGCAGCAGCAGAUGCAGCAGCAGCUCUCCGUGAAUUAAGUGAGGAAGCUUUACAUGAUACAUACGUACGCAUGCGUCGUGCUGCUGCUGCACUGCAGCAGGAGCUGCAGGAGCAGCAGCAGCUGCUGCUGCAGCACGUACGUCAUCGCCGCGCUCUUGACGCCGAGCUAGCCGAGCUAAGACUUCAAUGCAGCAACAGCAGCAGCAGCAGCAGCACAACAGCAGCAGGAGCAGCAGGAGCAGCAGCAAAAGGUGCAGCACAAGGAGACAGUUUAUUGGUAGAUAUAUUCCGUCGUUAUAAGCAACCAGCGCAGCAGCUAGGUGAAUCUUUGCGCAGCAGCAUGCAGCAGCUGCAGCAGAUAGUGCAACAGGAGCUGCAGCAGCUGCAGCAGCAGCAGCAAAAGGCGGAGGCAGCAAGAAGAGCAGCACUAAGACAAAAGGCGAUGCAAAGACACCAAGAAAGAUUGGAGCAUCAAGAGAUACAAAGAUUAAAAAAAUACCAUUUGCUGCUGCAGCAGCAGCAGCAACAGCAGCAGCAGCAGCAACACCAGCAGCAGCAACAGCAACAACAACACCUGCAACACCAAAUGGCGCAACAAGUGCACCCCUACCCACAGCAGCAGCUGCAGCAACAGCAGCAGCAACUGCAGCAGCAGCAGCAGGUGCGACUGCAGCCCCAUCCCAUGCAUGUCAAGCAGCAGCAGUUACUGCAACAGCAGCAGCAGCAGCAGCAGCUUCUGCUGAUCCAGCGGAAACAGCAGCAACGGCUUGCUGCUGUGGCGCAAAGAAGGAAUCAGCAGCAGCAGCAGCAGCAGCGAGGCAGCAACUCCUUUAUGGCUCGGCUGCAGCGCCUAUUUAGCGAUACAACGCCUCCUGCAUCUGCAGCAGCAGCAACUGCAGCUGCUGCUAAUGCUGCUGCUCCUCCUCCUACACCAGCAGCAGCAACAGCAACAGCAACAACAAUCAACAAAGACUUCAUCGAUUCCUGUAAGCAGCAGCAACAGCAACAGCAGCAGCAGCAACAGCAGCAGCAGCAACAGCAGCAGCAGCAGCAGCAGCAGCAGCAGCAGUAUCCUCCUCCCGUUCAAAUGUUUCGUAUUUGUUCAGACGGCGAGGCAAGUCCUUCUGCAUGCAGCAGCAGCAGCGACAGCAGCAGCAGCAGCAACAGCAGCAGCAGCAGCAGCAGCAGCACUUUAUUAAAGAAAGGAGCAGCAGAGGAGACAGAUAAUUCCUUCUUCUGUCCCUCCCAAGAAAAUGACUGCAUGCAAGGAACUCGUCUCCUUCCUGCUGCUGCUGCUGCUGAAUCUGCUGCUGCUGCUGCUGCAGCAGCAGCAGCAGCACCUGUUGCAGCAGCUGCUGUUCUUGCUGCAUGUGAGGGUUCGUUAGAAGCGGGAGAAAACAGCGAAGACUUUGCUGCUGCUGCCGCUGCCACAUCUGCUGCUGCUGCUGCUGAAUCUGCUGCUGCUGCUGGUGGUGCUGCUGCUGGUUGCAGCGAGGAUUGUAUAAUAAUAUCUGUUAUUAUAGACAUUGGUCCCCUCAGCAGCAAUUUGCUGCUGCGUGCAACGCAGCGCUGCAGCGAUGCUGCUGCUGCAUGGGUAGAGGAGAAUUGGUUGGCGCUGCAGCAAUACAGCAGCAGCAGCAGCAGCAACAACAACAACAACAGCAGCAGCAGCAAGGUGUCUCCUAAUAAAGAAGAAAUAAUAAAUAUAAUAGAGACACUUCUUAUUCAUAUUGAGGAGACAGCAGAACAAUUACCCGUAAAAACACGCAAACAAUGGGCAGAUAUACUGCAGCAGCAAGUGCAGCAGCAAGCGCAGCAGCAAGUGCAGCAGCAAGUGCAGCAGCAAGUGCAGCAAGUGCAGCAGUAG